AUGACGGUGUAUGAGGGGGCCUCCUCAGCUAGAGUCAAUUGUGGGCAGGUCAGCUUCAGACGGGGUCAGCUCCACGGUUACCAGGGGCUUCAAACGGGUCAGCUCCACGGUUACCAGGGGCUUCAGACGGGGUCAGCUCCACGGUUACCAGGGGGGCUUCAGACGGGGUCAGCUCCACGGUUACCAGGGGGCUUCAGACGGGGUCAGCUCCACGGUUACCAGGGGGGCUUCAAACGGGGUCAGCUCCACGGUUACCAGGGGGCUUCAAACGGGGUCAGCUCCACGGUUACCAGGGGGCUUCAGACGGGGUCAGCUCUACGGUUACCAGGGGGAUUCAGAUGGGGUCGCUCCACGGUUACCAGGGGGCUUCAAACGGGUACGCUCCACGGUUACCAGGGGGCUUCAAACGGGUAUGCUCCAAGGUUACCAGGGGGCUUCAAACGGGUCGGCUCCACGGUUACCAGGAGGGCUUCAUACGGGGUCCGCACCACGGUUACCAGGGAGGCUUCAGACGGGGUCAGCUCCACGAUUACCAGGGGGCUUCAAACGGGGUCGGCUCCACGGUUACCAGGGGGCUUCAGACGGGGUCCGCUCCACGGUUACCAGGGGGCUUCAGACGGGUCAGCUCCACGGUUACCAGGGGGCUUCAGACGGGGUCAGCUCUACGGUUACCAGGGGGGAUUCAGAUGGGGUACGCUCCACGGUUACCAGGGGGGCUUCAAACGGGGUACGCUCCACGGUUACCAGGGGGGCUUCAAACGGGGUAUGCUCCACGGUUACCAGGGGGGCUUCAAACGGGGUCGGCUCCACGGUUACCAGGAGGGCUUCAGACGGGGUCCGCUCCACGGUUACCAGGGAGGCUUCAGACGGGGUCAGCUCCACGAUUACCAGGGGGGCUUCAAACGGGGUCGGCUCCACGGUUACCAGGGGGGCUUCAGACGGGGUCCGCUCCACGGUUACCAGGGUGGAUUCAGACGGGGGGGCUUCAGACGGGGUAAGCUCCACGGUUACCAGGGGGGAUUCAGACAGGGUCCGCUCCACGGUUACCAGGGGGGCUUCAGACGGGGUCCGCUCCACGGUUACCAGGGAGGCUUCAGACGGGGUCAGCUCCACGGUUACCAGGGGGCUUCAAACGGGGUCCGCUCCACGGGGGCUUCAGACGGGGUCCGCUCCACGGUUACCAGGAGGCUUCAGAACGGGUCAGCUCCACGGUUACCAGGGGGGCUUCAAACGGGUCCGCUCCACGGUAACCAGGGGGCUUCAGACGGGGUCCGCUCCACGGUUACCAGGGGCUUGGUCGCUCCACGGUUACCAGGGGCUUCAAACGGCAUACGCUCCACGGGUACCAGGGGGCUUCAAGGGGGUACGCUCCACGGGUACCAGGGGGCUUCACACGGGGUACGCUCCACGGGUACUGGGGGGGCUUCAACGGGGUGCGCUCACGGUUACCAGGGGGCUUCUGUUGAGAGGGGGUCCGCUCCACGGUAA